AUGUGUGGGUGGGAUUUAUUCAUAGCAAGGAAAAUUACGAGUUUCGCGGAUAUAGGAUUUUACAUAAGUUCGCCAUGCACACGCACUAGAGCCACAAAUCGAGAUCGGAUUGAUCGAUCCGGAACUCCGAAUAUCGGAAGCACAAAGAGGACGGCCGACUGCCCCAUGUGUGCGUGCGCGAGUGUGUGAGUGUUUGAGUAUGUGCGUGUGCGUGUGCGUGUGAAUGAAAAACCAUCAACUGUGAAAAUAUAACCAAAAAUAAGUCCGAGGCACACGGUUGCAGGCGAGGAUUACCAGUCCCCCCAGAUAAGCCCCGGAGGAGCAGCAGGUUUCCCCUUUAGAGCCAACCCCGUCGCUUUUCAGAAUGGCGGAUGCCCAGGCAGCGGCGGCCGGAAAAAAGAAGUACAAGAACAAAAAGAGCUCGGCAGAGAAGAACCCCAAUCCAAAUCCGAAUCCCAGUGGCCAGGUGGAGGCACAGACACCCAGCAAUGGACACCAGCACCAAGAGGAGGAGGCGACGGAAGACCAGGAGCCAGCGCAGGAACUCAGGGGCCUGCUUAAGAAGAUGCACCUUUGCAAUGGCCAUGGUCACAAGGAGCAGGAGGCUCGGCCGCUUGUGGAGGUCGUCAAUGGCCAUGCACAUGGGCACAGCAACAACAAUCACAUUCGCUGCACUAGCGGCAGCAGCAACAACAACAACAGCACACACAACAACAACAGCGUAGACAGUAGCAACAACAACCGUAAGCAGCGAAGAGAAGGAAGCGGUGGCGGAGGAUCGGAUUCGAACGCCCUCAAUGCGGAGGAGAAGCCCAUAACAGCCACAAGCAAAACCACUGCCAACAUGCACCCAACCAUAACGACGGCCCCAAAACCAAAAGUGUCGGAGGAGGCAGCUGUGGAACAAGGAGUGCAGGUGGCGACGGGGAGCAGCCACAGUCGGGAGCAGGAGAAUAAGCAGUUGCCCUCCGACUACGCAGAGAGGGCCACGCCCACUAUUACAGCACAGCUCCAGCUGCCGGAACCUGCCAUUUCAGCCGACGAGAUCGUGUAUAAGGAAUACGAGGCUGAACACCAAAUGCAUGACAUCAUGCGACUGAUUCAGGCGGAGCUGUCCGAGCCGUACUCGAUAUACACGUACCGCUACUUCAUCUACAAUUGGCCAAAACUCUGCUUCCUCGCCUCGCACGACAAUCAGUACGUGGGCGCCAUCGUGUGCAAGCUGGACAUGCACAUGAACGUGCGGCGCGGCUACAUCGCCAUGCUGGCCGUGCGCAAGGAGUAUCGCAAGCUCAAGAUCGGCACCACGCUGGUCACCAAGGCCAUAGAGGCAAUGCUGGCCGACAAUGCCGACGAGGUGGUGCUGGAGACAGAGAUGCGGAACCAGCCGGCUUUGCGGCUCUACGAGAACUUGGGCUUCGUGCGAGAUAAGCGGCUGUUCCGCUACUAUCUUAACGGAGUGGACGCGCUGCGGCUGAAGCUCUGGUUUAGAUGAGUGGACCCGGCGGCUGCCGUUGAAAUUGUUGUCUAAGUAGCCGCCGAAGAUGUCGAGAUCUGCGCUCUGCGGAGGCCCAGGGCGCUCCGCUCGUUCUGGGUCCUGGCCAGCUGGCAGCUUGUAUCGGCGCCCUGUUUUUUGUACCUAUUUAACUAGGAAGCAUCGUAGCAUCAGUUUAUUUUCUCCCAAACUCACCCCGUCCCUUGUCUCUCUUUCAUUUGUAAAUUAUUUUAUUAUGUAGCAGCAGCAGUACGAGCAACAUCUGCAGGAGCAGCACGAGCAGCACACAACGGACCCGAAAUUUGGUUAAUUUUACAGGAGGCAAUUUUGUAUGCAAUACGUGAUUUACAUGCAUAAAACUAAGCAAGCAAUUAGUUAUGUACAUUAAACAAUCUACAAAAACCAAUCUAGGGAAUAGACAACAACUUGAAGCAGCAGCACAGCACACGCUCAUCGACGCCCAUUUACAAAGCUAUAAACAUAGUAUCAAAUUUUGUAAAAAGAUCGAUCAAAGCGAUGAUCACGCAAGUCGAACGAUAAACACGAUCAUGUAUAUCAAAAUGAACGCAAUUGGAACCAAGAGCUGAGAACAGACACAUAAAAAUGCAGUCACAUAUGCAUACUUGUAUACAAACCUUCAAUGGGUUGAUGGCGGUGGUCCUCACGGCUAAGCAAACUCGCCAUCUGGUCUUAAGUAACCUCUCUGUGCUCUCCAGAAACACGUAACACGUAGCGAUAAGGAAAAGAUGUGGUGGAUCCCGAGUAACAUUGAAAGAACGCAAUAAAAUCUUCAACAAAUACGAAAA